UUAACUAAAGUUAUUGUCUGUCUGAAACCUCGUCGUCUCUCACACAAACAGUGCAACAGCUGCAGACAGACAAGCGUUACUGGUCGGGUAGUGUCUCAUUGGUGACACUAAUGGGAGGGUCUUUCUCUCAAUGUUCAAAAGCACAUCUUUUGGAGAGAGCCAGGAGUUUUAGUGUAAAACACAUCUCCGGCUGAGCUGUUAUGUUUGCGAGCUUCCUGUAAACAUUUCUGUUGCUAAACAAAACCCGAAGAAAAUGGAGAAUCAAGCCCAUAAUCAACGUGGAGAGGUGAGUGAUAGAUGUCUGCUUUCUAAUCUUUUUCUUGUUUGUUUGUUAAAAAUUAUGCAGUGUUCCAAAAGCAUUUUACAGCACAGAUAACAUCUUGUAACUCUACAGAGGCAAUAAUACAUGCUUUAUAUGAAUUCAUUUGUUAAAUAUCUGGUUUUGUUGCAUGCAAGCAGACUAUCCACAAGACAACAUCCCCUUGAUAGCACCUAAGUGAUGCUCAUACUUGUUGCAAAGGUCCUUCAGUUGUGUGUACAAGCAGUGCUGUGUGAAGUUUCAUAUUUGCUUAAGCUGUCAGUGAUACUGUCCUGUGGAAAGAACUUGUCUUGCUUGAGGAACAGACAUCUUUCAGCCUAAACGUGCCACAGAUUUAAACAUUUGUUACGUUUUCUUUCUGAAGAUUUUUCAUGAGGUGUGUUCAUUCACUCUUGUCUAACACUCAUUAACUACUUUUUACUUAACUAUUUCCUAAUUACAUGAUCUUGAGUGGACAGGCCAAUGAAUGUUAUUAUACUCACUCCCUGUCAGGCUCCUGGCGCAGGGAACGCACAGCAUCGCUUCAACAUGAAUCAUUACGCUACUAAGAAGAGUGCAGCGCAGAGCAUGCUGGAUGUGGCUCUUCUGAUGGCGAACUCCUCUCAGCUGAAGACAGUGCUGCAUUCAGGAGCACAGCACCGCUUCUACGUUCCUCUCAUCGCUCUGAUCUCACUGUCCAUCUCACUGCAGGUCAUUGUUGGCCUCCUGCUCAUCUUCAUUGUGAAGUAUGACCUGAAUGAUGUUAAGAAACACUGA